AUGACCGAACUCUACGCAACCGCCGACUUCUGCCUCAUUCCCAUGGGCACGGGGGAAACGUCUGUUGCAGAAUAUAUAGCUGAAUGUCAGCGCAUCCUCGAGAAAUCAGGGCUUGUGUACAAGAUGCAGUAUAUGUCUUCUUCCAACGGCGGAUAUGGGACGAAUCUAGAAGGCCCUUGGGGUGCUGUCUCCCAAGCUAUUCACGAUUGCCACGCUGCGGUGCACGAAAAAGGAGCACUCCGCAUCGCUACCGACAUACGAAUCGGGACUCGCACUGACAGAGAGGUGGCGUCAGUACCUGGUGGGCUUAACGAAGCAAAGGUGAAGAGGGUCGAAGAGAUAUUGGCAAAGGAUGGAAGUAAAGAUUGA